CUGCGCCAUCUCUGUGAGGGCACCAGCGUGUGCAUAGGGUGGGGGUCAGCCCUCCAUUUUUACCAGGAGCCCUGCAGCAGCUGUCUCCUGGCAUGCCACUGGGUGAGUCAGUCUUUCUACAAGGGCCAGAACUGAACUGAGGCUGCUGCGAGCGGUUUCCAGAAAGCUUGAUCCCCUCUGCCUCCGAACCCGCCAGGACCUGAAGCCCCACCAUGGCUGACCAGUACCAGUACAACGCCAACGAGGAAAAGAUCAAGAAAGACAGCCACACCAAAGAGAUCGAUCUCAUCAACAGAGAUCCCAAACAGAUCAAUGAGGACGUGGUGAAGGUGGAGUUUGAGGAUGUCAUUGCAGAGCCUGACGGUACACACAGCCUAGAUGGAGUGUGGAAGCUCAGCUACACCACCUUCACUGUGUCCAAAUAUUGGUGCUACCGCAUCCUGUCGGCUGUCUUCGGUAUCCCCGUCGCCCUGCUUUGGGGCUUCUUAUUUGCCUGCAUCUCCUUCUGCCACAUCUGGGCUGUGGUCCCCUGCAUCAAGAGCUGUCUGAUUGAGUCGCAGUGUAUCAGCCGCAUUUACUCUCUCUGCAUUCAGACCUUCUGUGAUCCCUUCUUCGAAGCCCUGGGCAAGAUUUUCGGCAGCGUGCGCGUGGCACUGCGCAAGGAAGUCUAAGAACUCACCCAGCAGAGUUGAAAUAUGAACGGAUGAAGUAUGGUACGCUUUUAUACACCAGAAAAAAUCAAUUCUAGCAUCUUGCCUUGGUCCUGAAACCCCCCUCCCCCUCCUCCCACAGUUACAUGCUGCUCCCCACCCACAGACUCAGAGAUCUGAGGCCUGACAUGCCCACUGUGCAUUUUGCUACCAGAAGCCCUGUGACAGCUGCAGCGGGGAGCUUGGUUCUCUGACAGCUCUGGCACUUCUAGGUGCUCCUUACUGAGGAAGUAAAGGGCCACUGUUCACGAGGAUAUUCUGACUUUCUACAUGUAUUUAUGUCACAAAUAUCUCAAACAUAGGCUUCAUAUUUUCCAAAAACGAAAAUAAGUCCCUAACAGUGCUGUGUGUAAGCAGCGUAUUUGGCUAUUUUCAAAGUUUUUGUAUCGUCUGAUAUUGAUUUAUUUUAUCUUGUACAAUAAACCUUAAGAAAAUGAAAAGAAGUGAAAAAACAUCAUUGUUACGCACCGUCAGAUUUUCUUCUUAUGUGCUCCAUAUCAUGUUCUGACAUAUUUUUCUCCUAAUUUGUAAUGACACAGGGGAAACUAUCAAACAUCUGGAAGGGCAGAGACAGUCAUAAAUACUUAAUUAAUUAAAGUGUGAUGAGUGUUAAUAAACUAACGUGUAUAUUUGCUUUUUUUCAGUCGGGUAUGUUUAAGAAAGAAUUCCCCCAACUAGUAAUAGAAUAGGAUUUUUUUUGUAUUGACAAGUAAAAGUCCAGUACCUUUGAUAAUACUGAUUAGCUGCUGUGUGAAAAGUGUAGUUAUGCAUGUACAGUACAGACCAAAAGUUUGGACACACCUUCUCAUUCAAACAAAUGGCGAAGUGUGUCUAAACUUUUGGUCUUUACUGUAAUAAACAAACACACCCUGUUGUGAAAGUUGAGAUGAGUGUAUUACUUCACUGGUGUAAGUUUAAUUGAUAGUUUAUCAUGAGCAUUCAUUUUGAGCUUUCUCAGCAUCUUCAGAAAACAUUUAUACCAAAUGUCUGAUUCAGUAUUGUUUUAUUUUUAUUUUUUUUAAACCGAGUCACCCGACAGCACUGACCGGUGAACUGCACUAGAGGAUGCUGUUGUGUCUCUUGCAUGUGUUUCUUUGUUGUGUCUGACUCUUUCUUCUUGACUCAGUGACAACACACCCAUCUUUUCAUUUGUUCAUAACCUUGUUAAGUAUCACAUACUGGUAUUUAUAAUAAAGGAUCUUCCCGGUU